GCGUCGUGCCUCCCGCUCGGCCGCCCGCGAACCAGCCGAGCCGUGCGCCCCCGUGCACCAAGCCCGCCGCGCCCGCAUGUCGCAGGGCCGUUGGGGCGCGCCUCCGCAUCUGGUGGAUCUGACGAGGUGAGGAUGGGCUCGGGGGAGGCCAUCGGGAGGUCGCCGGGGACCGAUUCAAGCCUCCAGGAGGGAGAGGAUGGACCUUUGGAGGCCGAACCCAAGCUUUUCGGCAACCGCGCCGGCCGAAUUGACGGCGGAGCGAGCCGGCGGCAGGCGGCUUCGAGGGCGCGACAGGCGGCGUCAUGAGCCAAUUUCAACGGGGAAAUGGGCUCGGGGAGCCCUCCGGAGGCACGCGGAGGUGUUUCCGGAAGCCAGCCAUGGCCGGCGGCGAGCCUAGGCGGCGGCGUGGUGAGAGCAGAGGCGGCGGGUUCGCUCGGAAAGAAAGUGAAGACGGCAGUUAUUUUUGCGUCGGAGCUUUUCUCAGUUUAGAGAAUGGACAUGUGGUUCCCUACGUUUAGGGAAGAGGAGAGAGAAAAUAGGAAAGUUUCUUAAAAAUUUAGGAAUUGAAAAGCGCACUCAAACAGAGGUUAGAUAGAUCUAGGGUUUGGUUGCGUUAGCAGAGCGGUGACGGCGGCGACGACCCCUUCGAGAUGGCGACGGAGAUGGACGCGGGGAGUAAGAGGGAACCCACAGGUGAGAUCGAUAUGGAGGCGGGGAGAAAGAGAGAACCCUCUUCUCAGUUGGAGACGGAGGGGGCGGAGAGACGGAGAACGGCGAGGGCGAACAUAGAAGCAAAGAUGACGGAGUCGGCGUGGCUAAAGCAAUGGAUGAGGAAGACUGAUAAGGUUGUAGAGGAUUCGAUGUUGAUGGGAGCUGUGAGGAGACUGAAUGAGGAGAACCCCGAAGCGGAACCGAUCGUGCUCGAAGCGCUGACGGAGGAGCAGCGGGCAGCGCUGUUGCUGGAGGAGCGGGCGUUUAUGAAGAGGACUGCGAAGGAGUACAGCAAGAAGAUGGCUGAGAGGCUACAGGCGUCGUUCGAGAAGAUGAAGACGGCGCCUCCGGUGAAAGUGGAUCCAGACGAGGACUGGUCGGAGGAGCUGUACAGCCGCUUCCGCCAGCUAUGGGAAUCCGCGUGGGCCAAAGAGUUCGGCACCUUCGAAACCACCACGCGUCUCAGCGCAAUGUAUUACACGGACAAGCCGCUGCCUGAUCUAACAUUCCGUCGAGAUACUUUACAAAUUUUUUCUGUCAAGGUUGCGAGAACAACUGGUGCUUUAAAGCGGCCGCUCGAUGUGUUUGGUAUGAUUGCCGUGCGUGACGACCUGGAUCACAAUCGAAAUAUUAUCUUCAACCGCACUAGGGAUAAUUGUCAAACCCUCAUUGAACAGUUUCUUCACAUCGUUUAUCUUGGUUAACCUAUUCAAUGGACUUUCAAAAGACUGAGGUAUCCCGUAUACGUGAUGACUAAACUCCCAUCUCUAUUUUCAACUUCCAUGGUUAAGUAUGAAGUUGUUAUGUGUAGGUUUCAUUAGAAUAGUGUAGACAACUCAGUUUAUACAGAUACAAGCAAGAAGCAUAGAUACCAAAGCAUAUGAUGAAGUAGAGAAAUUUAAUGCCAAAACUAAAUGUCAUGUACAGAUCAAAAGAUAAUUUGAAUAACGUUCCUACAUUCUGAAAGUUUGUGGCAUAUAUAAGUUACUAACGUGGAGAUCAUGUUACAUCAUUACGUUUAUAUUUGUGCAUGCCAGUUAACCUUGAUUUUCUUUCCCCACCGAAGUUGGUGCUCCCAUCAUCUGUGUUUGGGUCUUCCUUUUGUCUUAGAGAUGGGAUUCGUGGUUGCAUGAUGUCAGGUAUAGGAAUCAUACUAAAGAGUGCUUGCACUUUUCCCAGACUAAUUUUGCCCUUCAGUCUUUGAAGCCCUUUGCAUGUGCUCCCUCAAGUGCAUAGGCUGGCUCUUGAGCCAAUUGUGUUCCUCACUCUUUUUGGCUAACUAAUCCUUUAAAUAUAGUGUUCUUCAAUGUGUUUUGAGUAUAUCUCAACCAUGAUGGAUAUUCAAACAAAAUUUGUACAUACUUAGGAUAUUUUCUGCCACCAUUUGAGUUAUGAACCUCACACCAUUUAUAUUUUACUUUGCAUUUGACAUGUAGCUUUGUAAUGUUCUGUUUUGAUUGUGCUUCUCAAUGCGUUCAUCUUCCUUCAUUUCACUUCCUAUUUAUGAAAAAAUGUUGAAUACGACGGCAUCCCCCCUGGGUAGUUUUAACUUAUUACUACAAUUAUGUUCUCUUUGAUGAAAGGUUUGCAUAUCAGUGGAAAUAUACUCUAUGUUUUCUUGAAAAAAAGUCAAUUCUAAUCAUAUCUCAAUCAACGGCAUUGCAAUGCAUGCAGGAUCCAUAUUUAGUCCUGACAGGUCCUACCCGUGCUCCUGUGUGUGGAUCUGGGCCUGUGUACUUUGAUGCCGAGCUGAAAGUGAAAGGCAGCACCAAAUCCGAGGACCAAGAUCUAUGCCUUCUAGCCA